AUGUCGAAGGCCGACCUCCACAUCCAGCCGCGCAUGGCCAAGAAGGGUCCCUUCUCGGUCGAGGCCGCCGGCUAUGAGCCGGUGGACGGCGAGACCAUUCCUCGCCGACACCCGGCCGCGAAAAAUGGCCUCAUCCUGCGCCCCUCGGACGACGUUGCGACCACCUAUGACAACUUCCGCCGCUCCGCCCGGCUGUUUGGCAACUCCAAAGCGGUCGCCACCCGCAAGCUGAUCAAGACACACGUGGAGAACAAGAAGGUCAAGAAGGUGGUGGACGGCGUGGAGCAGGAGGUUGACAAGCAAUGGUCCUACUUUGAAAUGAGCGGGUACACCUACAAGACCUUCCUGGAGUACGAGCAGCUCUGUCUCCAGCUCGGUGCCGGCCUGCGCAAGCUGGGCAUGGAGAAGAACGGCCGGAUUCACCUCUACGGUGCGACAAGUGCGCACUGGCUGGCCAUGUCACACGGCGCUGCCUCGCAAUCCAUCACCAUUGUCACUGCUUACGAUACCCUCGGCGAGGAGGGCCUGAAGCACUCGCUUGUCCAAACCUCCAGCACAGCAAUCUUCCUCGACCCCGGCCUGAUCAAGUCUCUGACCAAUGUCCUGAAGGAUGCGUCCUCAAUUAAGCAUGUCAUUUACAACACUGACAACGAAGUCAACGAGGCAGAUCUCGAGAAGCUGAAGAGCGAUUUCCCCGACCUCGUUGUGCUCAGCAUUGAGGACCUGCGCAAGUCUGGCGAGGAGAACCUUGUGGACCCGGUGCCUCCCAAGCCCGAGGAUCUCUGCUGCAUCAUGUACACAUCCGGCUCUACAGGUCCCCCCAAGGGUGUCUCUCUGACUCAAGCCAACGUGAUUGCCGCCACUGCUGGUGUCAAUGAGAUUGUUGGUCCGUACAUUAGCCCCAAAGACUCGCUGCUCACCUAUCUCCCCCAAGCGCACAUUCUGGAGUUUAUGUUUGAGAAUCUGUGCCUGUUUUGGGGCGGUUGCAUGGGUUACGGCAACCCACGUACCCUGUCCGAUGCCUCGAUGCGCAACUGCAAGGGUGAUAUUCGCGAGUUCAAGCCUACCAUUCUGGUUGGCGUUCCUGCGGUCUGGGAGUCGGUCAAGAAGGGUGUGCUGAACAACCUGAACAAGAACUCUUUCCUUAUCAAGGGCAUGUUUUGGGGCGCCAUGGCGGCGAAGAACUUCCUGCUGACCAACGGAUUCCCUGGUGCUGCCACUGGCGCCUCUAUCCUGGAUGCUGUCGUCUUCCGCAAACUGAAGGAGGCUACCGGUGGUCAUCUCCGUAUCAUGAUGAACGGCGGUGGCCCCAUUUCUAAGGAUACCCAAAAGUUCCUGUCCAUGGCCAUUGCUCCCAUGAUCGGUGGCUACGGUCUUACGGAGACCUCUGCCAUGGGUGCUCUGAACGACCCGAUGGCCUGGAACCCCAACGCCUUGGGCGAGGUUCCCGCCUCGAUCGAGAUCAAGCUUGUUGACUUCCCCGAUGCCGGGUAUUUGACCAAGAACAACCCCCCACAAGGCGAGAUCUUCAUCCGUGGCGGCAGCGUCACCUCCGGAUAUUUCGAUAACAAGGAGGAGACAAAGGCUGCGCUGACUGAGGACGGUUGGUUCAUGACCGGUGACAUUGGCGAGUUCGAUUCCAACGGCCACUUGAGGAUCAUCGACCGUAAGAAGAACCUGGUGAAGACCUUGAAUGGCGAAUAUAUCGCUCUCGAGAAGCUUGAGUCUAUCUACCGCUCGUGUCCCGUUGUUGGCAACAUUUGUGUCUACGCCGCUGAGGACCAGGAGAAGCCUGUCGCAAUCAUUGUUCCCGUGGAGGUUGCGCUGAAGAAGCUUGCUGAAGACAAUGGCGUUAAGGGCGAUAGCCUUGAGUCGCUUGUGCACAACGAGAAGCUCCAACGUGUGGUUCUUCAGCAACUACAGAGCUCUGGCCGUGCUGGCGGCCUGAAGGGCAUUGAGAUCAUCAACGGCGUGGUUCUGUCUGACGAGGAGUGGACCCCGCAAAACGGCUUCAUGACUGCCGCUCAGAAACUGCAGCGCAAGAAGAUCGUCAACAAAUACCAGGCUGAGAUUGGCAAGGCCUAUGGCAAGAAAUAA